AUGGAUUUCUUGAGCUUUGUAAUUGGUCUUUGCCUCAUAUGGAUCUUAAUCAAAACCUUUUCCUAUGGCAGGAGCAAACCAGUUCACAGAAAGCUUCCACUGGGUCCCAAACCUUUACCUGUUAUCGGAAACCUCUUAGAACUCGGCGACAAACCCCACAAUUCCCUGACCAAGCUUGCCAAGGCUCAUGGCGACAUAAUGAUCCUAAAACUAGGCAGAGUCACCACAAUAGUCAUUUCUUCAGCAGACAUGGCCAAACAAGUCCUCCAAACACAUGACCGGCUCUUGGCCAACCGAACCAUCCCAGACGCAAUCCGAGUCUACAACAGCGAGGAGUUCAGCUUGCCGUGGAUACCCGUUUCAAGCCGGUGGAGGAAUCUUAGAAAAAUAUGCAACGGCCAACUGUUCUCCAACACAGCGCUUGACGCCAACCAAGAUAUCCGGCGGAAGAAAGUGCAAGAGCUCUUUGCUGAAACUCGUCAAAGCAGCCAAACCGGUGAGGCAGUAGAGAUCGGCAGAGCAGCUUUCAAGACUACGCUUAAUUUAUUAUCAAACACCAUUCUUUCGGUGGAUUUGGCGGACCCGAAUUCUGAUGCGGCUAGAAAGUUCCAGGAGAUUGUAUGGAAUAUCUUGAAAGAAGCCGGGAAACCCAACAUAGUAGAUCAUUUUCCUUUGUUUCAGAAGUUGGAUCCCCAAGGGAUAAGGCGGCGCAUGACGGUUAACUUUCGGAAGAUGAUAGGCCUCUUUUCCGGCAUGAUUAACGAACGAUUGCAGUUGAGAAAAGUGUCUGAUUUUAUCACGAAUAGGGAUAUGUUAGAUACCCUUCUCAACAUCACUGAAGAAAACAAUGAAAUGAUGGACAUGACCACGAUGGAACAUUUCGUGUUGGAUCUAUUUGUUGCGGGGACGGAUACAACUUCAGUCACACUAGAAUGGGCGAUGGCAGAACUACUCCACAACCCAGAGGCAUUGUCAAAAGCAAAAAUAGAGCUGGACCAAGUAAUUGGCAAAGGCAACCCGGUAGAGGAGUCGGAUAUUACUCGUUUACCUUACUUACAGGCGAUAGUGAAAGAAACAUUCCGAUUGCACCCGGCAGUUCCUUUGUUACUGCCUAGGAAAGCUGAAGCAGAUGUAGAAAUCAAUGGCUAUAUUAUUCCAAAGGGUGCACAAGUACUAGUGAAUGCAUGGGCUAUAGGCCGAGAUCCAACCAUAUGGGAGAAUGCAAAUUUAUUUAUGCCAGAGAGGUUUUUGGGAUCAGAAAUUGAUGUAAGAGGUCGAAACUUUGAGCUUAUACCCUUUGGUGGUGGAAGGAGAAUAUGUCCUGGUUUGCCAUUGGUAAUACGAGUGUUGCAUUCGAUGUUAGGUUCUCUUAUCCACACCUUUAAUUGGAGACUUGAAGAUGGAGUUAAACGUGAAGAUAUGAACAUGGAAGAAAAGUUUGGAAUAACUUUACAGCGUGCUCAUCCUCUAAGAGCUGUCCCUAUUCUAGCUAGUCUAAAAUAG